AUCUCGACAACUCUCUCUCUCUACAUAUACAUUGGCUUUCGUGUAUAUAUAGGGCUCGUCGUGUCUUCCUGUUUCCUCACAAACAGUAUACAUUCGCUUAAAAUGGCGAAGAACAUUGGCCCCCUUAUCUGCCUGCUGAUAUUGAUCAUGGACAUCGUAGCCGGCAUACUCGGCAUCGAAGCCGAGGUAGCUCAAAACAAGGUGAAGCACUUGAAGGUGUGGAUCAUCGAAUGCAGAGACCCAAGCCAUCAAGCCUUCAAGCUAGGAUUAGCUGCAGCGGUGCUUCUGGCCCUCGCCCACGCCAUUGGGAACUUGCUGGCCGGCUGCGUUUGUGUUCGGUCCAAGCGGGAGCUGGACGACGCUCCUCCCAACCAACAGUUGGCUGUGGCCUCCCUUAUUUUCUCAUGGAUCAUAGUGGUGGUUGCAUUCUCGAUGCUGAUGGCAGGAACAAUAGCGAACUCAAGGUCAAGGAAAUCAUGCGGCAUAGCGCACAAUCGGGUUCUGUCCAUAGGAGGGGUUCUGUGCUUCAUCCAUGGACUCUUCAUGGUUGCCUAUUAUGUUUCCGCCACUGCAACUGCUCAUGACCAACUCAUCAACAAGAAGAAUCAAAGCGGAGAUCAAGGAGGCCAAGCAAACGCUUAAUUUAUUUUAUUUUUCUCAACCUGUUUUUAUUUCCAUCUGUUUUUGUAAUCCUUUGCUAGAUAUUCCAGCUUGGAAUUAAUUUCCCUUUUUUUAAUUAGUUUUUCAUGUACUAGUUUCAUAAAAUUAAUUGGCAUAAGAAAUUAUUGUCACAACCUUGGACAUCCCUUUUUUUUUUUUACCCACAU